AUGAAUCCCUUAGCUAUACAACUGGUCGGCGAUGCCACGAAGAAUGGAGUUUUGCAAGAAAUACUCACAAAACGACGGAAUACUUCUAUUUCUGAGCCUGGACCGUCAACAGACGCCAAGAUGCCUUCUUCUUUGCAUAUGCUUGAAAACACCAUGGAUCGCCUAAUCGACGAGCUCAUCUAUCUGGAAAUCAAAACAGAAAAGUUCCGGAAAUCGGCGUACAAUCCAGAACCAGAAGCACUUCCCGCAAAACUGGAGCAUGCUUUGUCUUCGAGUUCUUUGAUAAACCUCGCCGACAAAAUUGGGCCGAUGCCAAAUUGGCCACUACCCAGCCUUCCACCUUUUACCCCGGAACAAGUGGAACGUGUGAAGCAGGGUCUUAGCCCGUUAGAACACAAAGAGCCAGAAAGAAAAAACUGGUUUUUCUUCGACAUCCUGAGCUCGAUUGAGUGGGCAAAGACGUUCCCCUUUCUUCAUAAAUUGAAGCGAAGCGAUCAGAUUACUCUUCUGAAAUCAGUGAUACUACAGUGCUUCAACGCUACGCAAGCAUUCUUCUCUUACGAGCAAAAAGCAGACACUGUCGUACACCCAGACGGGACCGUACCGGUGUUCUUCCCCGCGAUUGUUCUUGAUCACUCCAUUGGAAACGAAUUUUUCAAAAUUGCCGUUGAACCGCUUAUCCGUCACGGAAUUGACAAGAAGGAAUACGUCCUAUUGAAAGCUCUUCUUCUGUGCAACGCCACUGUCGACGGUCUUUCUCUGGAUGGGCAACGAAUCCUCGCUGCUGAACGGGAUCGCUUCAAUUCGACGCUGUUGUCUUACUGCAUGGCUACACGUGGAGUAGCAAACGCACCAGCUCAUUACGCAGCCCUUCUGUCCAUAGUCGACAUACUGCAUCGCCAAGCAAAAGUGCAAAAAGACCUUCAUGUCAUCAUUCAAAUGCAACGAUCUCGUUGUGGUAUACCACUGAUCGAAGAGAUUAUGGACUAG